GGUGCAUUCGUUUCGUCGUUUCUCUCUUCUUGUUGUUACUCUCUCUGGUUCAUCAUCGUCUCCCUCACCAAACCUCUCCACCUUGAUCGCAUCUUGAUCACUCUGAGGAGUUGUUGAGGAAGGCUAAGGAUAUAGAGAGGUGGUUCGAUGGAGGGGAGGAGGAAGGUUAACAUUCAAUCCAGUGAUUGCGUCGACGAUUGUACAGAGCUCUGAGUCUGAACGAGAUGUCUGCUGCUACCAGUUCUUAAUCGAGUCGUGUAAAAGAGCUUUUAGCCUGAAGCUUAUGUCAAGUGGUAGAGAAUACAAUUCCCCCAACACCAAUACGCCAGUACUCGGAUGGUAACCAGUAGAGCAUAUGUUGGCAAAGCUCAAGAUGUGAUGACUACUGUUUUGGCCAAAGGUUCCGCUCUUGGACAAGAUGCUGUGAGCAAAGCCAAGACUUUUGGUUGAACUGAACCAGUCGAGAGCCGAUGCUUCCGCCAAGCAUGAUUUUGAUGGAAUCCAAAUCAUGUUGUUCGUCGGUAAUCUCAAUCCAAUCGUCCAAGGAUCGAUGAUGAACAUGGAGGAAUCAUCAAAGAGAAGACCUUUCUAUUGCUCCCCUGACGAUCUUCUCUAUGACUACGACUAUUAUGACGAGCAAACACCGGACAACCUUACUCAUGAACAGGUACCUCUACUGGAGAAAAGCUUCGAGACAGAGAACAAGCUGGAGCCAGAGCGCAAGACUCAGCUUGCCAAGAUGCUUGGUCUUCAGCCUAGGCAAGUUUCCAUCUGGUUUCAAAACCGGCAUGCUCGUUGGAAAACCAAGCAGCUCGAGAGAGACUUCAAUCUCCUAAAGUCCUCUUAUGACCAACUCCUCUCUAACUACGACUCCAUCCUCAAGGACAACCAUCUCCUCAGAUCAUAUUAAAACAUUACUGAUCAUAAUUAACUCCCCUUUAUUUAUAAAAGUUCAUAAAUUAAUUCAUAUGGUGUUUAUACAAAAAAUUAUAAGAGUUUAUAAAUCAAUUUGUUUUCAAUUUUCAAGAGAGCUUCUCCAUUGUAUUAUUAGAGUUAUGUAGGUUUAGAAAUCA